AUGACAGGUUCUUGCUUGUCCUUCCUGUCGCGUGACAACGGCGAUCCCUCCCAUGCGACCCAAGUAACGGAGGAGCGCCGUGCUGAUACCUCCUCAAAUGCUCUCCGCUCGACCACGAAUGCUAUCAUCUCCAGCUGUCCCUCAGCUUCCCUGACCAGAGCGACAUCCCGCGCAGGUCGGCAUGCCGACCGUCGCACCCCAGCGACGACCACCACUCAGUUAGCGCUGAGCGAGCAUUUCAAUGCCCCGAUCCGCCCCCAUGUCUGGUACAGCAAGCGGCGCACCUGGUCUCGCGCGCAGCUAGACCAGGAGCGCAAGGAGUUCUUCGAGACCCGCGUCACCGGUCGGGCAGAGGUGUGGGCCGCCUUGGCCGCGGCGAUCUCGUUCAUGUAUGUGAACGACCUGGCCACGGCGCAGAGUAUCGUCGACGCGGCGGGUGUCACCGUGCCUACGGGAGACCUUUGCCAGGGCUGCUACGAUGAGCAGGGUGCCCUCUACCGUCUGCCUCGGUGUAUCGUAAGCGACCCGGAGAACAUGGUGCAGGAUGACUCGGCCAGUCGCCGUGAUGAUGGCUACGACGACUUUGACACGGAUGAUUCAAAGCUGUCGCUGGACGAGGCAUCGGGUGACGAGCUGAUUGCCGGUGACUCUGAAGACCGCAGGGAUGAGAAGGGAAAGAUAAGCGAGCGCGACUUGGUCCGGGUCACGGCGCGCUUGAGCGACCGCGGAUCGGACGUUGUCGUUUCGGUUGGCAAGAACCAGACCGUGAGCUUGAUUGCCCGCAGGGUGCAGCAGGAGGCCGGGAUCCCUGCAAACCAACGGGUAAGGAUCGUCUACCUGGGUAGGAUGCUCCGCGAAAAUACGCCUCUUGUAAACCAGGGUUGGAAAGCAGGCAAUAUAAUCAAUGCCUUGGUCGUCGCCAGGCCUUCAGCCUCGUGA